CAAGAGUGUGUAAGUCUUCCAGAAUAUACCUUGAGACAGUAACCACCGACCGAACACUGAAAUGUUGAAGAAAUUAUCCUCUAUUUGGAAAUCUUACAAAUACCGCUUUGUUCCAUGGAUUGCUUUCAACUUAAACAACAGACUUCGCCUUCACAUAUGAUUAGUCUUGUCAAGGAAGCCUUCACUUACGGCCAAACAUCAGGGGGGAAAACCAUCGUGGAGUGAAAUGUGACUGCCUCGUGGUGCAUAAUUGGCGGGAAGCUAGGGGACACGUGGAACUGUGACUGCUGAACCCUCUUGUUUUGAUUUGUAGUAGAUAAGAGAUUCUAUGGAUCAGUAAGCUAUGUAGGGGGUGGCCUCUUUUGUAACAAGUGAAAUAAAUUCCAGUGGGAUUUUUUUUUUUUUUUUUUUUUGAUAACGUACAUACCAACAGAGAGCAGUAUGCCCCCCUUCAAGAAGAUAGAUUCUCUGACAGAGAUCUGUUCUGAGUGGGUAUGGCGGUGGCUGCAUCACUGUCUCGACUACCAGGCGGCGCCCCGGGAACGUAUGCGACAACGGGAAUACGUCUUAGCAACCCUCAACCCAAACAUCCGGCAGCAGCUGCUUAAUCGCAUCUUAAGCUUACAAAUGAACGAUGUGAUGCUCAGCGGUAAGUGCAUGUUGCUGGAGAUGCUGGGCGACCGCAGCACACAAUGGGUAGACCUCUCACAAAGUGGCUACGGGUAUGUAGACGAAGUUUUCCACUUCUACCGUACCCUCACCCUUGGCUUGCUUAUCAAUAUCACGCGAUUAGGAUUGAUUUGCAACGUUAAAACAAAAGUUGACUGCAAAUAUUUGUUGGAUAUUAAUUGUACGUUCUAUCGAGUGCUGAAUCAGAUGCGUCACCUACAGUGGGUAACCCUAGGUGGCGUGGGAGAUCGUACUAUCCUGGCCACGCUGGGCGCCAACUGUUACCAGCUGGAGCACCUGAACGUUCAGGACUCCGUGAGGGUGGACGACGAUGCUGUGGCCGCCUUGUUGCUGAAGAAUCCUCAAGCUGUGGAUGGACUGAGCAAGAAGCAAGUUUUAGAUACAGCUUUACCUUCUAAUCCCUGCUGUAAAACUCUGAGCUUCGUAUGUGUGUGUGGGACGCAAGUGAGUCUGGUGAGUGCUGCCCUCCUCUUGAGGUAUGUGCCAGCACUGACAUCUUUUGGAGGCUCCGUAGAAGGUGGAUCUCUCUCUAGUCUGAUUGAACUGCUUCAGCCAGAGAAAGGAGUAACCAAACUCAAUCUCAAUAAGUUUUGGGACUCCAAAAUUUUACCGCAUCAAGCUUCUCUUAUGAACGUAGCGUGCCCAAAACUCACUUUUUUAAUGACUACUGCCUCUUCGUUGCCCUCGCUACACUUCCUCUACCCCAUCGCUUCCCUAACUGUUGAGCUCAGUUUUCACGGCUGUGCAGCUGACAUAUACAGUUACUUGGGAGCCCGAGGAGAGAACUUAAAAACCCUCAUUUUCACUGACAAUUUGAACUGUCUCCUCGACAUGGCUUGGUUGAUGGAGUUAACUCCGAACUUAGAGCAGAUUGAAUCCAGUUUGUACAUAGAAGAAGGCUACGAAAUUGUUGGGUGGAAGCUGCUGAAAGAAGCCACGGUAACGGUAAAUUCGUCCAAAACUCUUCUCACCUUGCUCUCCCACACUCCGAACGUAAGACACCUCAGCAUUAAUUUUUUGCCGCAGCCCUACAUGGAAACCUUUGAGUGCAUCAACGAUGACCUUAUAAUUAAUGUCAUCUCCGCCGGGGGUCUGAUGAGGCUCGAGAAACUCACUAUUACCGAGUGUGCUAUAACCAUCAAGGGCCUCAAUUGGCUCUUCCUCCACUGUGCUGAGCUGACUUACAUAGCACGACUUCUCUUCUGGAAGAAUGUUUCACAGGAGGAUAUACACCAGCUUCAUGUACAAGCAAAUCAGAACAACUGGCAACUAACAAUUGUACUUCGGUGAACUGGCAUAGUCAAAGAUUGAAAAAAAAAAAUGGGGAUGAAAAUUAAAUUUUGUGAUGCCACAUAUCUAAGUAAUGAGGUAUUUUAAUGACAUCCCGUCAAGAUGGGAGGUAAUUCAUGUAGCAUGAUCAGCACCUCCCAGUCAAGAAUAUGGCAAACUUGCGUAUUUGUCUACCUGUUAAUUUACAUACGAUUGUUAAAUAAUACUUGUACUUAAUAUCAGGCAUUUUAAUGUCAGCGAUAUCCAAAAGUAUCAUGAAGAUAAGUACCUCGUUAAGCAUUGUGGCUUACACGUGUUGUAGGCUGUAGGGUAUGUUUCAAGGGAGGUACAUAUUCUUUAUUUAGAAUGCUUUUUGCAUCAAGUGGAAAACUUUCUGUACUUUUUAUAUCCCUGUAUGAUAUUAGUAUGUACUCCCAGUCGACUUUUAUUUUUUGAUUAUACAUCUUGUGUAGAAACUGUGUUCAGUAUUUUUUUUUACAGUUACCCAAGUUUGUGGUUAAUUUAUCAUUCAUUGUUAAAACUAGACAGGUAUGUCAAUAUGUUUUCUCAUCUACUGGGAAUGACCGAAUCGUACAGCAGGAUCAAGAAUAAACGUGUCAAUCCUAUAGUAAAAUGACGUGUCAAAUUCGUUGUGGUAUUCGUUAAUUAAGCCCACCCACACACACACACACACACACACACACACUCACUCACUCACUAUAUAUAUACAGUGGUCCCCCGCUUUUCGUAGUUCCCGGCAAUCGUAAAAUUCGCCAAUCAUAGGGGUAUUUUCAUAUAAACAUGGACUCGCUUUUCAUAGGUUGACUCGCGAGUCGUAGUUCGUCCGGGAUGCCUACCCACUGCGUGAGCCGGGGUAGCAGCCAGUCAGGCAUUGUUUACCAGGGAGUGAAGGUCCCCUCACGUGCUCCAGCGAAAUAUUUCAUAAUAUUCCAUUUAUUUUAGUGCUUGCAAGUACUAAAUAAGCUACCAUGUCUCCAAAGAAAGCCCCUAGUGCCAAGCCUGUGGUAAAGGUGAGAAAUACGAUUGAAUUUAAGAAAACCAUCAUUGAACAAUAUGAAAGUGGUACAAGUGUGGCCGAACUGUCCAGGAUGUGUAAGAAACCCUACACAACUUUGUUCCAUAGUGGCCAAGAAAAAGGAAAUAAAGGAUGCUGUUGUUGCAAAAGGAGUAACUAUGCUGACAAAAAUGAGAUCACCAGUACUGGAAGAGGUUGAGAAGUUAUUAUUGGUGUGGAUAAAUGAGAAACAAUUAGCAGGAGAUACUCUUAUGACUUCGAUUUUUUGUGAAAAAGGCUAGGCAGUUGCAUGAAGAUUUGGUAAAGAAAUUGCCUGCAAAUAGUGGUGAAGUGAGUGAAUUUAAGGCCAGCAAAGGCUGGUUUGAGAAAUUUAAGAACCGUACUGGCAUAUACAGUGUGGUAAGGCAUAGUGAGGCUGCCAGUUUGGACCACAAGGUGGCUGAAAAAUAUGUGCAUGAAUUCCAGGAGUACAUAAAGGCUGAAGGACUGAAACCUGAACAAGUGUUCAAUUGUGACGAAACAGGCCUCUUUUGAAAGAAAAUGCCAAAGAGGACCUUCAUUACACAAGAGGAAAAGGCAAUGCCAGGACACAAGCCUAUGAAAGACAGGCUGAUGCUAAUGUUCUGUGCUAAUGCUAGUGGGGAUUUCAAAGUGAAGCCAUUACUAGUGUACCAUUAUGAAAAUUCCAGAGUGUUCAGGAAAAACAAUGUUAUGAAGAGUAAAUUGUGUGUGUUUUGGAAAUCUAAUAGUAAGGCAUGGGUCACGAGGGAAAUUUUCGUCGAGUGGUUCAAUGAAGUGUUUGGCCCUAGUGUGAAGGAGUAUCUCCUGGAAAGAAAUUGGAUCUCAAGUGCCUGCUAGUAAUGGACAAUGCACCUGCUCAUCCUCCAAACUUGGAUGACCUAAUUUUCGAGGAGUUUGGGUUCAUCACAGUAAAGUUCUUGCCCCCGAAUACCACUCCUCUCCUCCAGCCCAUGGACCAGCAGGUUAUUGCAAACUUUAAAAAACUCUACACAAAAGCAAUGUUUCACAGGUGCUUGACUGUGACCACAGACACUCACUUGACCCUAAGGGAAUUUUGAAGAGAACACUUCAGCAUCCUCCACUGCAUAACCCUUAUAGGUAUGGCUUGGGAGGGAGUGACUACCAGGACUUUGAACUCUGCCUGGAGAAAAUUGUGGCCAGAUUGUGUCGACAAGAGGGAUUUUGAAGGAUUUGGGACUGACCCUAAUGAGCCUAUGUCUGUUGUAAAAUCAAUUGUGGCACUGGGGAGUUCCAUGGGGUUGGAUGUGAGUUUGGAGGAUGUGGAAGAAUUGGUGGAAGACCACAAUGAAGAGCUCACCACAGAGGAGCUGCAAGAGCUUCAGCAGGAAGAGCAACACAUCACAGCUCAGAAUCUUGCUGCAGAGGAGGAAGAGAGAUGGAAGAAGGUGCCUUCUUCAGAAAUUAAAGAGAUUUUUACUAUGUGGGGUAAGAUGGAAAGCUUUAUGGAGAAACAUCACCCUAACAAGGUUGUUGCAAGCCAGGUUGGCAACAUGUACAGUGACAAAGUCUUGGGCCAUUUUAGGGAAGUGUUAAAGAGACGCCAGAAACAGAGCUCUCUCCAGAGUUAUUUUGUGAGACAGGACUCCAGUGACUCAAGGUGGUUCUAGUGGCAUUAAGAAACAGAGAAGAGAAGCAACCCCAGAAAAGCAAAUGGUACCUGAGGUGUUGAUGGAAGGGGAUUCCCCUUCCAAACUAUAAACAAUCCACUCUCUCCUCCUCCUCCAGUCUCCCAUACACUAAGAAGAAUCUCCAAUAAAGGUAAGUGUUAUGCUGUUAAUGUUUCAUUCAUCAUUUCUCAUUGUAUUAUGUACUAAUUACCUUUACCUGUUUUAAUACCACAUUUACUAUCCUAGAUUACUCUUAAUUACCUUGUACUGCCAUAUAACCUCAAGUAUAACUACCAGUGCAAUAUUGAAUGAAAUAAACAUUACUAUUUCACUUUUUUGUAAUCAUUAUUACUUACUAAAAUUUUAUUAAACACCAUAUUUACUACCAGUCAAUUUUACUUUUGUACAUUAAACAUUAUUUUAUACUUCCCAUAACAUUUUGUUGCCAAAUUUUCAAGUUUUUAUAUUCAACCCCAACCUUGUAUUAUCCUUUGUACCUGUGUACCUGGGUACCUGUCUACCAUCUUACUAUCAUAUUAUAACCAAGACAUUACCAUUGUGAUUUUUUACUAUUAUUCUUUUGUACUUUAAUUGUGAAUUUUUUUUGUCAAUUUAAAUCUAUAGUUAUAACCUUGAUCUUGUCAACAACCCAUACCAGACUCUAGUGCAAUUGCAAGUACCAUUUCAAAUUGUAUUUUUAUAUUACAAGUUUAUAUUAUAAUUCCUACCAUCUGUCCAUUUAACUUUGCUUACCAUUACUUAAUUUUAGUCCCUUUUAUAUUUUCUCCUUUAUUUUAGCUUU